AUGUAUAAAACAUUGGAGUUGGCAGUCAAUAAAGUCGUUGCGCCAAUACAACAGUUCCAACAACCAACAUUGCAGAGUACUUCACAAACGACUUAUCCAAUUCAAAGUAUUCCUCAACCUAAAACAAGCGCCGUUCAAAGACAAAGCACCACGACAUACCCACAGGGAUAUCAACAACCAGUCUGCCCUUUUGUUACCCCUCCUCUUUUACCGUUAAAACCUUCACAACCCGUCGGAGUGCUCAUUAAAAACACACAAAAGGGAAUGUCUUCUGUUCUGCCACCAAUUUCUCAACCGUCGAAUAAUCCAAUUACCGCCGCGAACAUUUUCCGGACAGACAACUUCUGGACCGACAAAUCAAUCCAACGGACUAAUUUGUUGAACAAGGGGUGUCUCCUUUUUGUUAUUCAAUGCACGGAUGGGUGUAUGUCCAUCGUCUAUUUGAAAGAGCCUAUUAAACGAACAAACACGUGGGUAUCCGACAAAAACUCUUUUGUCAUUUUUAGAAGCGAAGGUGUUAAGCAAUUCCUCAAACUCACUUUUAACGCCAACCAAGCGCUUCGCGCUUUUUACUUGAGCGAAACACAAGACGAAAAUAUCUUCAAAAUUGCAAACGCGUGCUUCUCAUUGGCAUCAGACGGCACUGGAGCAAUUUUCAGAAACACAAGUUUCAGCAAAGAAAAAUCGUCCCAGCCGACACUCCACACCGUGUCGAGGUUAGUGGUGUUUGAGAUGGAAUUGAAAAAGUAG